GAUCCCAGGCAAUGGCGGGGGAUCGGGCCCGCUGGGGAUAGACUGGUGGGGACAGCUCUGGCAUAGCCAGAGAGGCUGUAUGUGUGAGAGUGUGUCACAAUGUUACUGUGUAUAAAGUAUGUGAUAGGCUCCACUUGUGUCAAAAUGUUAUCUUGUGUGUCACCAUGUGUGUGCAUGCAUGUGUGGCUGUCUGUGAGAGGAAAAAUGCAAGUAAAUGUGUUCCUUAGGUGAUUGUCCCUGCAGGUUUGUCCCUGAGAUUACUGUGUACGGAUCUGUGACAUUGUGGGUUUGUGUAAGUAUGACUUGUUUGACUAUCUCUGCAGACACACAUGUGUUGGAGUGUGUGUAACAACAGGUGAUUGUAUGGCUGUUGCCACCUGUUCCUGUUAUUACACAAGUGUAAUAAUUGUGACAAAAAGUAAAACUGUGGGUGGUGUGUGAUUACCUCUGGCUUUGUGCUAAUAAGACUGUGUGUGAGAUUAUGAAUGUGACUAUAUGACUGUGCAUAUUUUGUGAUUGAGUGAGAAUGUGUUUUUUUAUGUGAGAUCAUGGGGUUGAUUGUCUAGAAUCUAGUUUGUGACUGUAAAGCACAGAAAGAUUAAUAUUACUUGUCCCAAAUCUCACAGUUAUUAAGUAACAGAAUCAGGCCCCAAACUCAAGCUAUUUGGAUAUAGGGUUCUUCAUUUUAAUUAAUAAAUCGCUUUGAUUUUUUUUUUAUUUUUGUGAGAGAGAAAAAUGGAAGCCCUGAGCUCUAAGAAUAUUGGAGAAGGUUGUUUCUAAUCUUAUACUGGGAACCUUUGGAACAUGAGAGCUCGAUCUGAGUCUCAUCCUUCAGUCUGUGAGUUACAGUCUAAAGACAUUGUAGUGUAAGCAGGCUCAACUUGGCUAUUUCUAGAAGAAAUUCCAACUUGAAAGCCCAGUCUUCCUCCCUUUAGGCCACUGAUAUCUUAGCUUUGUCCUUGUCACAAAUAUUCCACGCUUACUGCUGAGAGUCUAGGUGUGUGUCUCUUCUCUGAAGAACCAAGUAAGUUAAGUUUUUGAUUUUUACAUUCUCAGUAAAGAAAAAUGUUCACUUCAUUUCCAAACAUGAAUCCAAGUUGGAACAGGAGAGACACUUCUCUAGGUGAUGUAUAGGUUUAUGCAGCCUUGACAGUGAGGAAAGGAAGGUUCUGAGAGAUGGAUUAACAUUCCCAUGGUCAUGUAGAUGAGGAAAGAAGUAAAGAGUCAACCUGACUCUAGCACUAUGUAAAACCCACAUCUAACAUUACAACUUCUUUUAGGUACUAACAGUCUAGUUCAAAUGUAUAAAUAUAUUUUUAACAGAGCUAUUAGAACAAAUAAACAAACCUACAAACUUUAAUUUCUUUCAUUCAGACGUUACUUAAGACUUCUCUUGCAAGCUGGGUAUGGUGGUGCACAAUUGUAGACCAAACUUUUUUUUUUUGUCCUUUUGAGACAGUGCCUUGCUAUGCAUUUCAGGCUGGCCUUAAACUCACUUUGUAGCCCAGGUUGGUCUCGAAUUUGCAAGGAUCCUCCUGCCUCAGCCUCCCAAGUGCUGGAAUUACAGGAAACAGCACCACCACACUCAGCUAAGAGUUUUAUCUUUAAAAAGAAAGAAAAACAGACAGACAGACUUCUGCUUCCAGCUGCCAAGAAUACAUUGAUUCUCCUCUCAGGUUGCAGAGGCUUUUAAUGGACAAUUUGAAGCUACCUCGGACUAAGAAAUAACUUUCCAAGACACUAAAUUGGGUAAUUCAGGCUAGCCCCGAAUUAAUGGGUCGUGAAUCCUAAAAUAUAGAUCAAUGACAAUUGUCCCCAUUUUCAGAAUGAAGAAAUGUUGACUCUAAGAGUACAAGCAACUGAUUUCAGGCUGCACAACUUUUUAGUUUAGUAUGAAAAUUUGACAGUGCUUCCCUCAGGCUACUGCUUUUCUAUGCAACAACAGAAGUGUAUUUACUGUCCCUUCUUUAAGGAGUAGAUGACCUCAGUUUUGGUGAAUAUUUAGAACAGGUUUUGUUGAGUGUUGUUAAAUAAUUGAUCAAGUUCAUUGAGUGUUUUCCAGCCACAUAUUGUGACUUCUGGGAGGAAGAGCAAUUUUUGAGCCACACUUUAUUAGGACUUUUAUGACUUUGAACUGGUUAUUGAAACUUCUUGAACCUCAAUUUUACUUACCAGUAAAAUGAGGAUAAGCAUACUUUCCUUUGCAUUUUUUGAGAAUUGUAUAAGAUAACAACAUGUACGACAUGCACCAUGCUGCUGGAUAUAUUACAGGAGAGAGAGUAGAUUUACUCAUUUAUCUGCUAUUUUGUGAGCACGUUCAGUGGUUCUUGUGUUGUUCUAGUACUAGAUUACACCAGCGAACCAAACUAGUACUAGUUUUCUUGGAUCUUAAAUCUUAUGUGGAAAGAUAAAGAAUAAACACAAUGUGUGUGACACUGUCAGUGGUAAUAAAUUCUAAGAAGAAAAUUAACUCAGGAUAAGGAAAAGGGGAGUAACUAGAAGGGACAUCUCCAUACAUAAAAUUUUCAGGGACCUCUCUGUGAUAUAGUGAUGACUAAACACAGACAAGAAUAUAUCCAGGGAGUGAGACAUGGCGGUGUUUGGAAGGAGAGCCUUCUAGAUAGAAGGAAAAGCAAGAGCUACAGCCGUGAAGGAUGAGUGCACAUAAUAGAGAGAGAAAUGAACAAAAGGGAAAAGGGUAGAAAAAGAGGUCGGAGUAGGCAAGCACCAGAUCAUAAACUGCCUCGUUGGCCCCAGGAUAGACAUAGAUUUUCUUCCAUUUGGAAUUUGUUUCCUUAAUAUAAGUUCCAGGGUUAAGUUCCGCAUUAACAGGAUAUGGAGAUCAUAAAGGGCAGUAGUUAUAUCUGUGAAUCGCACACCAGCAACAUAGAACUAGGAUGUCACUGUUCCUUCUUUCACUCUCUUUUCAACAUUUUUUGUUCUUCACCAAAAGAGAAACUGAAGAAAGAAAGAAGAAUGGCUGUUGGACUUUGUAAAGAUAUGUCCCAGGGGUUGGUGACUUUUAGAGAUGUGGCUCUAGACUUUUCCCAAGAGGAGUGGGAAUGGCUUGCUCCGUCUCAGAAGGAUUUAUACAGAGAAGUCAUGUUGGAGAACUACAGGAACUUGGUAUGGCUUGGACUCUCCAUUUCUAAACCCAACAUGAUCUCCUUAUUGGAGCAAGGGAAGGAGCCCUGGAUGGUGCAAAGAGAGCUGUCACGUGGUCACUGUACAGACUGGGGGUCUUGGUGUGAAAUGAAAGAGUUGUCCUCAGAAUGGUUCACUGAUGAAGAAGAAAUACCCCCAGGGAUGGUAAUGAGAAGAAUCAGAAGUCGUAGCCUUCAGUGCUCCAACUUCACAGAAUCCUGGAAACAUAAGGAUGAAUUUUUAUGGCAUCAGGGAAAUCAGGAAAGACACUUCAGGCAAGUGACAACUCUUAAGGACAUCUCUGCCAGGAAGAGAUAUAACAAAUACAAUAAUUCUAGGAGAAGCAAUUCCCUGGAGUCAGUCCUUUUAACACAACAGAGAGCUUCCAUAAUAAUGCAAGUACAUAAAUUUGAUAUUUAUGAUAAAAUCUUCUCUCAGAAUUCAGUCAUAAUUGGAUAUGAAAGAUUCCAUCCUAAGAAGGAGUCUCUGAUACAUACAGAAUGUGAAGAACUCAAUCAGAGUACACAAUUUAUUAAAGAUAUAAUAAUUCCUUCCGGUGAGAAACCUUUUGAAAGUAAUGAUUUUUCAGAUCUCUUGAAUUUCCACUCAUUACUUACUCAACAUCCAACCAGUAAUUUUAGAAAAUUACCCCAUGACUAUGAUGAAUUUGGUGAUGCCUUUAACUGUUACUCAUUCUUUACUCAACCUCAGAGAAUUCACAGUGGAGACAAACUAUAUGCGUGCAGUGACUGUGGAAAAGCCUUUAGCCAUGACUUAUUUCUCAGUGAACAUCAAAGAACUCAUAAUGGAGGGAAAAUGUAUGAGUGUAAGGAAUGUAACAAAGCCUUCAGACAGAGUGCACACCUUGCUCAACAUCAGAGAAUUCACACUGGAGAGAAGCCCUUUGCAUGCAGUGAAUGUGGAAAGGCCUUUAGCCGUUAUGCUUUCCUUAUUGAACAUCAGAGAAUUCACACAGGGGAAAAACCAUAUGAAUGUAAGGAAUGUAACAAAGCUUUCAGGCAGAGUGCACACCUUAAUCAACACCAGAGGAUUCAUACCGGGGAGAAACCCUAUGAAUGUAAUCAAUGUGGAAAGGCCUUCAGCAGACGAAUAGCCCUUACUCUGCACCAGAGAAUUCACACGGGAGAAAAACCCUUCAAGUGUAAUGAAUGUGGGAAGACCUUUGGCUAUCGCUCACACCUUAAUCAGCAUCAGAGAAUACAUACAGGAGAAAAGCCCUAUGAAUGCAUGAAAUGUGGGAAGUUUUUUAGGACUGACUCACAACUUAAUCGACACCAUAGAAUUCAUACUGGGGAAAGACCAUUUGAAUGUAGUAAAUGUGGGAAAACCUUUAGUGAUGCUUUAGUUCUAAUUCACCAUAAGAGAAGUCAUGCAGGAGAGAAACCCUAUGAAUGUAACAAAUGUGGGAAGGCCUUCAGUUGUGGCUCAUACCUUAGCCAGCAUCAGAGAAUUCAUACAGGAGAGAAACCUUAUGAAUGUAAUGAAUGUGGGAAAGCUUUCCAUCAGAUCUUGUCCCUUAGGCUGCAUCAAAGAAUUCAUGUGGGAGAGAAACCCUAUAAAUGUAAUGAGUGUGGGAAUAAUUUUAUCUGUGCCUCAGCUCUUAGACGACAUCAGAGAAUUCAUAACAGAGAAACCCUCUGAUUAUAGGAAAGAAAACAUUUGGUCACUGUUUAGUCCUUAUGAGUACCGGUGAAUUCUGUUUGGUUGAUACUUCUAUGAAUGUAAUACAUGAAGAAAAGUCUUCAACCAAUGGCCAUCCAUUUUUUGGAAUGACCUGAAUAGUAGAGAACUGUUAAUUUUUGGUCUAUUCUUUAUCCGCCUUAACCACCCUCAAUGCAUAUGAUUCUAUGAAAUGGAAUCAGCAGUGGAUUGGUCACAGCCAUUAUUUUCCCUCAAACUAGUGGUUAGUAAGAGAUUAGCGGGUAGGCACAGUGGUGGAUGCCUAUAAUGUCAGCACUCUGGGAGACUGAGGCCGGAGGAUCGCAAGUUUCAGCCCACCCUCUGCAACUUACCAACUUAGCAAGACCAUAUUUCAAAGUAACAGGAGAGGAGUGGCUGAGGAUGUAGUUUACUGCACCGCUGAGUUGUUGGUUUUUUUUUCCCCCACCAUUUCCAGUUUCUGUUCUGCUCUACAGACAUGCAUCCAGAUUCCCAUACAUCCUUCAAUGGAUGCAUCGCUUAUCAAACAGGUCAUACAUACAUUGUUAGUUUGGAUUUUACCCUAAUUCUAUGAAAGAAUUUUGCUCAGAAAUGAUUUUUCAGGUUAACUGUGUCCCUCUGUGCAACGGUCUAAUAUUAUUCAUCAACUCUUAACAUUCGUGUGAUUUACAGCAUUUACUAUAUUUAUUCCUGUCUCAAUGGCUAUAAUUUAUGGCUGCCACAGAAAACAUUCUAGGAAGUAUUCAUUUGUGAGCCUGAAGUAUAUUAGAAUAUUUGUCUAGGAAUUACAGUUGCAAUCCUGCAUUCAAAAGCUAAAGAGUCUGGAAGUUGAUGUCUACAGGUAAUAGCAUCACAAAGCAAGGCUCACUCAAGGACAGUCCAGGAGGGCUGUGCUCCAGCUUCCGCCUUCUGCUUGAUCAGUUCCAUGUGGGUGCAGAGCCAAUUGCAUGAUGCCACUGUAUGCAGGACGAGUAUUUCCUACUCAGUUUGCUGACCCACACACUGGUCUUCUCCAGAAAUACUCUCACAGACACCCGGAAAUAUGCUUUACCAAUUUAGGCAUCCCUCAAUCCAGAAAACUUGAUAACCAAAAUUAACCAUCAUGCUAAUGUAUCAACACUGAGUCUUUUGAGGUUUCUGAAUUUCGAUUCAUGUUUAAAAACCUCUUCAUAUCCUGACCACUUAGUUUAUUUUUGUUCUGCUACUUAAGACUAGGUAUUUAUUUUCUCACAAGUCCUGGAGUUUGGGAAGCCUUAUGAUUAAGAUACUAGCAUCUGGCGAGAGCCUUCUUGCUAUAGACCCACAUGGCAGAAAGUCAUGAAAGAGUGCUCCUUUCAACAUUGAGUUAUUUUAUAAAGGCUCAAAACACAUCUGUGAAGGUCCAUGAGAUCCUUUCGAGGCCUCCACUCUUUUUUGGAGUACUGCGGUUUGAACCCAGGUUCUUUACAUUGAGCUGCAUUCCCAACCCACCCGUUUUUAAAGUUUUUGAAACAGAUUUUUGCUGAAUUGGUAAGUGGAUCAGACUGGGCUCAAACGUGUAACUCUCCUGCCUCAGCUUCCCAGAGUGCUGAGAUUUCAGGUGUGUGCCACCACUGCCUGCUCCCACUUCUUAAUACUAUCACUUUGGGGGUUAGGUUUUAACCAGAGUUUUAGAGCACACACAAACAUUCAUAUUAUUCUGCCCUGGUCUCCGUUUUGAACAUGCGUAUCUCCUUCAGAAGCAUAUGUGUUCAAGGCAUGGUCCCUCUGGUGUAGGUACUGGGAGAUAAAGUAGAAUUUCAAGAGGCAAGGCCUAGUUGGUUAUCCGUAGGUCCCUGGGGGGGCAUGCCUUGAAGGGACUGUGAACCCCUAAGGGUCUUCAUGGUUUUUUAUUUUGAUAUAUGAUUUCUUCUCCCACAUACUCUCAUUGAUGUGACAACAUCAACCAAAAGGGCUUCACCAGAGCACAGCUGAUGGUCCAUCAUGCCCUUGGACCUCCACAGUUUCAAGCUAAAUAAACCAUUUUUUAAAAUAAA